CUGCUCCUGGCUCUUGGCCUCGCCGAGGAGCUGGGGAGGCCCCCACAGGCGCUGGGCCGCCUCCCGGCAGGGCUGCUCAACCAGGAUCGAGUGCCCUCAUCAUCCGGCUUUUAUUGCGCGCUGAAAAGGUGGUACCCAAUCCAGCAGGCUGGGUACUCCCGCGUAGGUGCCCUACCCCUGGUGAACUUGAGGGAGCGGCCGAAUCAGCAGCCCAUCCUGUCCACUCGUAAUUCCAUGAAGUGUGGACCUUCAAGAACCCUCAGAAUUCCUCCACUGGGGCGCAAAAUUCCUCUCCUGCAUUCACUCCCUGAGCUACUUCUUCAGGUAGCCAAGGCUGGGAGGCCGGUACCAACCAGUCCCCGCCCACUUCCUUGUGCAAAGGAGAGCAAGGCGAUGGUCCAGGAAGAGCGCAGGGAAGGCAUGACAGCGGAGGAAGGUCACACAGAGGCCGAAGGAGAGGACGACGGAAAGGUGAGUCCGGACCGCAGCGGGGCUACGACAGUGACACCGAGGCCCCCGGAGACCGGCGGGCUCCUCCCGCCCCUCCAGUGCAGUCCCGAGCCUCCAAACCUCCUUCCGGGGCACCCAGAAGACAACUUCAGUGAGAAAGCCCAGGUGUCUCGGACGAAGCCUUCCUCCCAAAGCCCCGCCAUGUGCUCAGACGGCACUGCUGGAGACGGCCGGCCUCCCUCGCAGCCUGGCCCCCUGGCCGCGGUGCUCUCUGCCCCAAGUCCGUGCUGCAGCCUGCUGCCCGAGAGGCCAGUAGAAGUGGUGCUGGGUGAAGACCACCAACCCGGCUCCCCAGAGUUACUGAUGUCCGGGAAGGCGCUGCAGCGUGAGCCACCUUCAGACACCCCGCAGAGAAGCUCUUCUCCCCUGGGAGCUGCCGGCAGUCGGCGCCCCUGCAAGAGAACGAUGCCCCCUCCGCUUUCUCUGUCACUGCCGCCACUGCUGCCGCCGCUGCCACCGCCGCUGCCACUCCCGCUGCCGCUGCCCUGGGGUCGCAGUGACCUUCCCCCGCCCCCGAAGCUUCCAGGCAUGACUCGCGCCAAAACCCGGUGCACCCGAAAACAAAACAUGGACCGUCAGCGCAACAGAAUCCUGAAAGAUGCAAGGAAGGCCAUGCGAUGCCGCAGCGCCGCCCCGCCUGCCCCAGGGACCACAGGGACCACAGGCUCCAUGCCUCCGGUCAGUCUGUUGCAGGUCCCUCCUACCACCACUGACUUGGCCAACCUGUCCUCCAGAUUCCCCAGUCUGGCUGGCCUUCCACCUUCUAUGGAUCCGGUGGCAAGACACACAGCCCCCGUGGACUCUCAUUCUGCUAGUCCUGCAGAUUCUCUUCCUUCAGUUUCCAAUCCCAUUGUGGGAAUUACCCUCAAGAAGGAUGCAGGCUGCCGCCUUUCCCGGGCCCUCAUCUGGCGCUCCUGCUGCUGCCUUUCCCGGGCCCUCAUCUGGGUAUCAGGCUGCCGCCUUCCCCGGGCCCUCAUCUGGCGCUCCUGCUGCCGCCAUCCCCGGGCCCUCAUCUGGCGCUCCUGCUGCCGCCUUCCCCGGGCCCUCAUCUGGGUAUCAGGCUGCCGCCUUCCCCGGGCCCUCAUCUGGCGCUCCUGCUGCCGCCUUCCCCGGGCCCUCAUCUGGGUAUCAGGCUGCCACCUUCCCCGGGCCCUCAUCUGGGUAUCAGGCUGCCGCCUUCCCUGGGCCCUCAUCUGGGUAUCAGGCUGCCGCCUUCCCCGGGCCCUCAUCUGGCGCUCCUGCUGCCGCCUUCCCCGGGCCCUCAUCUGGGUAUCAGGCUGCCGCCUUCCCCGGGCCCUCAUCUGGGUAUCAGGCUGCCGCCUUCCCCGGGCCCUCAUCUGGGUAUCAGGCUGCCGCCUUCCCCGGGCCCUCAUCUGGGUAUCAGGCUGCCGCCUUCCCCGGGCCCUCAUCUGGGUAUCAGGCUGCCGCCUUCCCCGGGCCCUCAUCUGGGUAUCAGGCUGCCGCCUUCCCCGGGCCCUCAUCUGGCGCUCCUGCUGCCGCCUUCCCCGGGCCCUCAUCUGGCGCUCCUGCUGCCGCCUUCCCCGGGCCCUCAUCUGGGUAUCAGGCUGCCGCCUUCCCUGGGCCCUCAUCUGGGUAUCAGGCUGCCGCCUUCCCCGGGCCCUCGUCUGGCGCUCCUGCUGCCGCCUUGCCCGGGCCCUCGUCUGGCGCUCCUGCUGCCGCCUUCCCCGGGCCCUCGUCUGGCGCUCCUGCUGCCGCCUUCCCCGGGCCCUCGUCUGGCGCUCCUGCUGCCGCCUUCCCCGGGCCCUCGUCUGGCGCUCCUGCUGCCGCCUUGCCCGGGCCCUCGUCUGGUGCUCCUGCUGCCGCCUUGCCCGGGCCCUCGUCUGGCGCUCCGGCUGCCGUCCUCCCCAUUCUUGUGUUGCCUGCCGAGAGCUCUCCUGCUCCUCUUUCACUGAAUAA